UGCCCAUUUAUCUGCUAAACUCUUUUGGUUUCAUGAGUCGUGCAAGUAAGUCAAUAAGGCAUCGAAUACCUCAUUUGCCUAGAUUACACCUACCUAUCUCAAGUGUCGCGAUUCAUUCGAUGUUUUUCUGAUUUUCAGAGAUCGAUUAAAUCAAAAAAUUUUCUAAAUUAUUCGAUGUGUGUGUGAAUUAAGUGUAAUUUCAUCUUCGAGAUGUUUCGAUUGUUCUUUACAUCCGUUGUAUUAGUUUUAUCUUUUACUUUGGCGAAUGGAGAAAAUUGUUAUUAUUCUCGCGGAAUGGUGACCAAUUUUAUUAAAUUUUUGGACAAUAUAUUUGACUUCAUGUUUGAAACUUUCUUUGGUCUAGCGGAAAAAUAUUCAGACGAAGAUGACCUACCGCAAAAAGUAUCAUACGAUGGAUUUCAAUUAUUAAAAGUGUGGCCUCGCACUGAUGAGGACGUGGAUGACAUUAAAGUGUUUGGAGAACAACCCCGCGUUCAAAUAUGGCUUCCGGUGUUGAAAAAUGCAUCGACAGAUUUAAUCAUUCCUCCAGAUGCGUUGCCUACAAUAAAAGAAGAUUUGAAAGAACGUGGGGUCGAAUUCUCCGUCAUAAACCACAAUAUCGAGCAAGUAAUCGCCGACCAACGUGUUGAUCUGAAUGCAAGUGAGAUACAAAGACCGAAGGACAAUAAAGGAACGAAAUUUACAUGGACACGAUAUCAUUCGUACGAUGAAAUACUCGACUACAUGGAUUAUUUACAAAUGACGUUUCCAAAUUACGUGAAAAUAAUUACCAUCGGUAAAUCAUUCGAAGGAAGAGAUCUCAAAGUAAUACGAAUUUCUAGUGGAAGAUUCAGUGAUGGCUCAGCGAAGCCGGCGGCCUGGAUUGACGGAGGUAUGCGUGCUAGAGAAUGGAUAUCCAUUGUGGUGGCCCUAUUUGUCGCCAGACAAUUAACGGAAAACUAUAAGGUGAAUCAAAACCUGGUCGCUGAUAUGGAUUGGUAUAUUUUACCGGUGGUUAAUCCCGACGGCUACGUGUAUUCUUAUACUAAAGAUCGUUUGUGGAAGAAAUCAAGAUCAAUCAAUUCCGAACUUGCCAACAGAUAUUUUUGGAGGGAAGAAGAAGACGAAGAAUGUAAAGGAGUUGAUCUGGGUCGCAAUUGGGAUUUCCGAUGGAAUGAAGAUUCUUCAUCGUAUAAUCCCUGCCAUGAUACUUAUGCUGGGCCAACACCAUUUUCAGAACCAGAAACCAGAGCGAUGUCGAAUUUCCUAAAACAGCACUCCAAAGAGAUAAUUCUGUAUUUGAGCCUUCAUUCGUAUUCACAAACGUGGCUAAUACCUUGGACUUCGAAUAACAUGAAAUCUCACGAGUACGCAGACCUUUUAUUUAUGGGCAGAAAAGCUAUAGAAGCAUUGCAAAAAUCUCACGGUAUUACGUACGACUUGAUUUCAAAAAACGAUAACGCGAAUACUGAAUCAGGUAGUUUUUCUGACGAUUGGGCCAAAAAUAAAUUAGGAAUAAAAUAUAGCUAUACCGCAGAAUUACGUGACAAAGGUACAUAUGGCUAUUUAUUACCCGCAAGUCAAAUUUUACCCACCGGAAAAGAAAUGUUCACUGCCAUCAAAACGCUUUCACGAUCUAUUUUAAGUAAUACUGUAAAUAAAAAUGCGAAAUAUUAAAUAAAAUUAAUAAUUUAUAGGUCUGUUUAAUUAAUGGC